AGUCAGCUGUUUAGUGUCUGUCAAAUAUUCAGUUUAUUUGCCGGUAUACAAAAAAUGUAGAUUUGCAAGAAAUUUUCAUAAUAAAAUACAUAGCUAUUUUCACAAUAUAUAAUGAUUGCCUCGGCGAUAUAUUUUUUUACUUUGCUGCUGGUGUCGCCAAAAAUACAUAGUUGCAGCCAGUCGCCUCCGAAACCCAUUGUGGGUAUGCAGCUAGGUGGUACUGGAAUGCAUCGAGAGCUUUUCUACUUGGUUCAAUUUGCUAAUUCGCUAAGCGAUAAGAAAUGUGAAUAUAUACUGGAGCAGCAGCUGCCCGCUGGUGUAUACAUAAGUGUUGAUCAAUUGGACGAUUUGAAGCGUUUGAUGAAAUUAAAUGCUAUUUAUCCACCAUUCGUGGAUAUUGAGUUGUCUACAGAAAAAUCGAAAUCGUUUACUGUCUUGUUGAAAGGUACACCACAGCCAACGGAUAACAUUAAAUUACCAAUACAUUACCGUUACCAUGCUCCAAGCAAAAAUCACAAUAAAUUCGCUACUGUUGAGAUACCCAUUCCAAAACUAUAUAUAAAAUGUGACACAUAUGAGAGCGAGUCCAUUGAAGAGUUGUUGGAAACAGCAUCUAAGUACAAGUUUUGCUUAAAUGAAGGUAGCAUAAAUUUCGUAACACAACAGAGCGAGAAUAAGAGCAACUUAUCUGCGAAGUCUAAUCAUGAAGUUUACUUAAACUGUGGUUGGUAUUUAAUUGACGUACAUUUUCAACUUAAAACGGAUCUACGGGCUGACAUACCUAUAGGAAAUGAAAAGUCAUAUCCGCCAAUUUUAUAUGCGACAAUUAUUAUAAGCUGGGUCAUAUCACUGUGGACCGUGUUCCGCACACAUUCCAUUCCUCGUCGAAUUAAUUAUAAAUUAGAAGAACAGCGAAUAUUGCAAAAUAAAAUUAAGUAAUACUCUUUCAAUAAUUGGUAUUGUAAAAUUUCUCAGUAUUCAAAUAGGUCUGAAUUCUGAAGUACCAUUUUCCAAGAGGCUCCUGUGAGAGCUUAUACUACGUUUGAAGUCUGCUUACAAAUAUAUAUUAAUUGUACUAACUUAUAAAGUAUUAAGUUUAAAACGUAUGCUAAACUGCAUGUAUGUACAUACAAUCAUAUAUAAAUACACGUAUACAAUAGAUAAAUCUAGCAA